UAAGCCUCGGCCGCCUGCAGCGGUGAUCAUUAUUGUAUCCGGGCCGAGCGUUUUCGCUUCCUGUGAGGCUGUAUUUCAUAAAUCUGUAAGGCUGAGAGAAGGAGGGAUGCUGUCCUUGUCUCGAUCAAUUGUGUGUGGGGUUGCACGCACCCCGGCUGCUGUCAGCCAAGGUUGUGUGACCGCCUUUACCAGAUUCAACAGCACGGCACAGACUUCUCCUAAGAAAACUAAAUUUGGACCACUAGCAGAUGAGGACAGAAUCUUCACAAACUUGUAUGGCCGUCAUGACUGGAGGCUGAAAGGUGCCCUGAAGCGUGGCGACUGGUAUAAAACCAAGGAGAUCCUUUUGAAGGGAGUGGACUGGAUUCUCAAUGAGAUCAAGACUUCUGGCCUGCGUGGGAGAGGUGGAGCUGGUUUCCCGACUGGCAUGAAGUGGAGUUUUAUGAACAAGCCAAGCGAUGGCCGGCCGAAGUACCUGGUGGUGAAUGCAGAUGAAGGAGAACCAGGCACCUGCAAGGACAGGGAGAUCAUGCGUAAUGAUCCACACAAACUGGUGGAGGGCUGCCUGGUUGCUGGGAGGGCCAUGGGAGCACGUGCUGCUUAUAUCUAUAUCAGAGGAGAGUUCUACAAUGAGUCGUCCAACCUGCAGGUUGCCAUCAAUGAGGCCUACGCUGCUGGGCUGAUUGGCAGGAACGCCUGUGGUUCAGGUUAUGAUUUUGAUGUGUUUGUGAUGCGUGGUGCUGGAGCGUACAUCUGUGGAGAGGAGACUGCUCUUAUUGAGUCCCUGGAGGGGAAACAGGGGAAGCCCCGCCUGAAGCCCCCCUUCCCUGCUGAUGUUGGUGUGUUUGGUUGCCCAACAACUGUUGCCAAUGUGGAGACGGUGUCUGUGGCGCCCACUAUCUGUCGUCGUGGGGGCUCGUGGUUUCUUAGUUUUGGCAGAGAGAGGAACUCUGGCACAAAGCUCUUCAACAUCUCUGGCCAUGUUAACCACCCCUGCACUGUAGAGGAGGAGAUGUCCGUCCCUCUGAAAGAACUCAUUGAGAGACAUGCAGGCGGUGUGCGUGGAGGUUGGGAUAACCUGCUGGCCGUAAUCCCUGGUGGAUCCUCAACCCCCCUCAUUCCCAAGAAUGUGUGUGAAGAAGUACUAAUGGACUUUGAUGGCCUCAUUCAAGCUCAGACUGGCCUUGGCACGGCUGCUCUUAUCGUCAUGGACAAAUCUACUGACAUUAUCAGAGCCAUCGCUCGCCUGAUUGAGUUCUACAAACAUGAGAGCUGUGGCCAGUGUACGCCAUGCAGAGAGGGAGUGGACUGGAUGAAUAAAAUGAUGUGGCGUUUUGUACGUGGUGAUGCACGACCAUCGGAGAUCGAUAUGAUUUGGGAGCUCAGCAAGCAGAUUGAGGGACAUACUAUCUGUGCACUGGGUGAUGGUGCAGCAUGGCCUGUGCAGGGAUUGAUCAGGCACUUCAGACCUGUGAUGGAAAGCCGAAUUGCUGAAUACGAAAAGCAGAAGCAGCAAGCCAGGGCAUAAGCUGCUGCUCUGUCUCCUUGAACUUUUUCUGCCUCAUGCUCUUCACCCUGUGCUUGUGUCAUACACAAAUUAUUUAAAUGAAAAAAAUAAUGUCAUCACCUCGUCUUCAAGCCUUGCAUUGAUAUGUUAAAAGUACAAAUAAAGUUCUAUAACCUGAAA